GCGGCCGGGCUGUCACGUGGGGCUGACGUACGCUUGUCCAGCUCAUCUCCGUCUGCGGUUUGUUUUACCCAGAAUUUCUCAUAAAAAAUCCACCAAACUCGCCAUGUUCGCGGCUCUAAACUCACAGGAGACACUUUGAAGACGUCGCACAGAGGAUCACGUGUUUGUUAAAGCGUCAUAACGGCAGUUCCCUGGUUUUGUCCACACCUGAGACAAUAAUGAACUUGGGCUCCAAAGGGAAGAAGCGCGUGGUGCUGCCCAGUCGCCCUGAGCCUCCGACGGUGGAGCAGAUCCUGGAGGACGUGGGCAGCUCCGCGUCUGACGAUCCUCUGUUCGGGCUGCAGGACAUCAGCGAGACGGGGUUGAGUGCGUCAUCGGGCGACGGCGAGGUGGAGCUGAAGUUUGAGCAGUGCAGACGCUUCAUGGAGUUGAACCAUCGGCUGACGGAGGCUCGUGAACAGCUGAAGGAGCAGAGGGAGGAGCUGCAGAGGUCAGGAGAGAGUCUGCAGACGAACAUCCAGGAGGUCAAAACCAGGAUGCUAACGCAAGAACAACACGGCUAACACUAAACCCUCAUGCUCUGGUCCACUGCUCCUGAGAGGUUUAACCCAGAGACGCUGGAGCCACGGGUCAAAUGCAGGUUUAACCCAGAGACACUGAAGCACGGGUCAAAUGCAGAGGAUGCAACUUUACAAAUUUUGAUGUUUUACACUAAAGACAAACCGUUUUCCGAGCCUUAAAGAGUCUGAUCUUUGUCCUAAUGUUGUUUCCUCGUCAUAAACAGACCUGGAGUUGUGUUUUUGUUUUGUUUCAUUCUCACAUGUUUAACUCACAAACCUGCAGAUUUACGCUGAGUUCUUCUCUCAAACUGAAAACACUCUGUUCCACCUUGUGAUGUCAUCGUGUGGCGAUACAGGAAGUGCUCCACUGUGUUUUUAAACUCCACACACCUUCAAUUAUAGAAUCAUUUGGAUCAUUUCAGUCCUGGAGUUGUCUCUUAUCUCGACUGAACUAAAGGUAAAAGGAGCUGUUCACUUGAAAACUACCACUUGAUGACAUCACAAGGUGGAACAGAGCGUUUUGAGGUUUGGAGAUGUGACAGACUAAUAAUAAAGUGCGACUCAAACAUGUGUGAAUGAAACAAAACACAACUCCAGGUCUGUGUUUGAGGAGGAAACGACUUAAAUCUACAUGUUUUAUUUAACACAGGACCAAGGAUCAAUGAAGUAUUAUAUCUUCAUCUUAAGAUAUGAAAUUCUUGAGAUUCAGUUUGUGCAGCUGUUUUUUUUUUUAUCACUUUGAAACUCAUGGACUGAAACUGAAACUCGUCUCAAUAAAAGACACAUUU